AUGUUUCAAAACGAUUUACAAAAAAAAAAAACGUUGUUCAAUGCGCGGCGCGACGCGACCCUACUGGACGUUCUGUCGGAAUCAACGCCAACACCGCCGCAGCGUGCACUUGACGCGACGCGGUAUCGACGGUGCGCGGAAUGUCCGCGGCACUCCGCGCGCAGACGACUUUACUGCGGCGGAGCAGGCGCUCACUACGGGGAUGGAAGAGAUUCGAGGCCGGAUGUCGAGAUCGGGCCGAUUUCCGGCAUCGAUUUCGGUGUUGCGUCAGAAUGA